AUGAGUCAAGCUUUAUUUGUUUGUAAUAUAAUUUUACCUAAUGGUACUUAUGCUCGAAAUCAAACAUUUAUUAAGAAUGGAGAUAGUAAACAAGGUUUAAAUCAAUGGAAUAUUACAUCAGGAAUAAUUGAAGUCAAAGAUUCUUAUUUUAUGGGUAAAAACAAUUCAACUAUGUUUCAGCGCAUAAAUACAACAGAUGCAAGACUUUAUAGUUCUCUUGAAUCAUUUAAUUAUUGGUUAUCUUUUCUCUUUCGUGAUAAUUCAAUUGAAUCGAAAACGAGCCAUUAUUGGUGUAAAUCACUUUAG